AUGUCUGACGUCUCAUCGGGCGUGAGGGUAUGGAUCCGCCUGUACGAAGCAGACACGUACUUCGAGCGGUUCAUGUGGGGCAAGUUCAACGCGAGCAGCAUGAAGUUGGAGCCUUUCCCUGGACAGCCUCUUGUGGCUCCUGUCCUGUCAGGCUACGGGCUUGAUGGGAUCAGAAACUUAGACCCAAGCGUGCGAUGGCCCAUCUACGAUUACGUGGCCUACUUUGAUGCCAUGAUUCAAGAGCUCGAGUCGCAGGGCUGGAUCCACGGUAUCUCCCUCUUCGGCGUUCCAUGGGACUGGCGCCAGAGCAUGUGCUGGACUCCGACGUUGGACCGUCUUGAGGACGCGCUAAGAGCUGCUAGGGAGCGAAACAAUGGCAGGAAAGUUGCUCUGGUAUCCCACAGCAUGGGCGCCCUCGUGGUGAAAUGCUUCAUGGCACGACGGCCAGAGUUUUUCCAGGAAGCUGUGGAAACUUGGAUCUCAAUCGCCGCGCCCCACCAGGGAGCGAGCGCGAAGAUCUUCAUGGAGUUCCUGCAAGGGUAUAACUUGGGAAACAUCGUCAUCGGGGCGGAGGCUGCCAAGGUUCUGUCACUGGAGGCGCCAGCAGUCUACGAGCUUCUCCCACAAGAAAACUUUGAAUGGCAGGAGCAGCCAUACAUUGCCCUCCAGUGGAAGAAUGGAACGAGACAGGUUUACGGCGAGACUGGUGGAACGACAGGGUACGACAUCCCCAUCAGAAACUCCUUGGUGGACCACAAGAUGACGCUGCCCUGGUCGGGGGAAACGCUGCCUGAGCCCUUUAACGAAGACUGCUGGGAGUUGAGUCAGGGCACGAGGAGGGAGAUCUUCGAGGUUGAACAUCCUCCUAACUUGAGGUUCUACAACAUCUAUGGAACAAACCAGGCCACACCGAAUGGCCUGGAGUUCACAGAUGUCGGAGACUGGAGAGAUCUCUCCAACCUCAAGUACUCGACCACCUUGACAGAUGGAGAUGGAACUGUCUCUGUUGAGAGUGCGAGCAACCAUGGUCUCAAUGCUUCCAAGACUCUUGGCGUGAACGCUGACCACAUGAGCAUCCUGAUGAAGUCGGACACUCUGGACUUUGUCCUGCAAGCUCUGUAUGGAAGGAUAUAG